UCACGAGGCUGAAGUUGGCUUCUUGUUCACAGCUUCGGCAGUCCACUAAAGGAACAUUCCACUGCAUUUUUACACCACCUAGGACCGAGUCCUGUUCAAAAACCACAGGAUUUGGAUUGCUCAAACCUGGAUUGAAUUAUGGUUUGGAUAGUAAAUAAUAAAUUAAACACUGUGUCAUUAAGUCUUCCCACUUUCUUAUUGCUCCAGCAAACUGACAGGUGAGAUCCUCUAGGGGGCGCUGUACCCACAAUCUACCUCGAUCACUUGAAUGACUGCGUGCGUUCGUGGAGGUGUGGGGUCAGGGGCGUGCUCGGUGGUGCUGAUGUCUUCUUUAGUUACAUUUCACAGUCCCGGGAUUUUGGAAGCAUGUGAAGCGCUCUGCAGAUCAUGAAUGAUCCGGUCUCAGCCUGAUGCCGUGGACGCUCAGAGAGGGGAUCUGCUUCUUCAUUUCCAGAGCUGGCAGUGGCAUCUGCACGUCCCCCCCAGUGUCUGUGCUGUGUGUGCGCACGAGGGUCCUUGGACUGCUUGUGUGCGCGCGUGCGUGGGAGGCGGAGUGAGCGUCGGUCCCCUGGCUGUGAUCGGGGAUGGAAGCUGAGAAGGUGGAUGCAGAGGAAACUCGCUCUCACCAUCCACGGAGAUAAGGACCCAGAUAUCCUGUGGGGAGUUCUUCCUGCCUGCACACAAUCCCUGCUAUGAUCUGCGUCGUGUCCGUGGGCACCACCCCUUCAAGCGUGCCCAUCUUUCCGUGAGCUGUCAGUCAUUUCGCGCCGGGCUUUCUCCAUGUGAGCGCAUGGCGCGCCGAGCAGGGCGGAUCUGCGCACGGGGUGAAAACGCGCCGGUUGAUAUGGAUGAAAGGUCAAACAUCAUCACGGAAUUUCAAUCACUCUGAUAAGCGACCGUGUCCCCGUAGUUUUCUGACCACAGCUGGGCGGGAAAGAUGAUGUGCGAGGUGAUGCCGACCAUCAGCGAGGGGGACUCGGCUGGCCCCCCGAGAGGCGCCGCCGGCGUCCCGAACGGCGCAGACCAGGAGGCCAACUUUGAGCAGCUGAUGGUCAACAUGCUGGACGAGAGAGACAAGCUGCUGGAAUCCCUCAGGGAGACUCAGGAGACCCUCAUCCAGUCUCAAACCAAACUACAGGGGGCGCUGCACGAGAGGGACGCGCUCCAACGCCAGAUCAAUGCCGCGCUGCCUCAGGAGUUUGCUACUCUGACAAAGGAACUAAACAUAUGCCGGGAGCAGCUGCUGGAAAAAGAGGAGGAGAUAUCUGAGCUGAAAGCUGAGAGGAAUAACACCAGGCUGUUGCUGGAGCACCUGGAGUGUCUGGUGUCGCGUCACGAGCGCAGUUUGAGGAUGACGGUGGUGAAACGACAGGCACCCCCACCAUCUGGAGUCUCCAGCGAGGUGGAGGUCCUCAAAGCUCUGAAGUCACUGUUUGAACACCACAAGGCUCUGGAUGAAAAGGUUCGGGAAAGACUUCGGGUUGCUCUGGAGAGGGUGGCCACCCUAGAGGGACAGUUAGCAGCUGCCACACAAGAGUUGAGCAUGGUGAGGCAAAGGAAGGAGGGUGACUCAGGGGAUCGGACCGACGGAUGUAAACCUACAUGGAAGAGAUUGCCCAAUGGCUCCAUAGAUGCUCACGAUGACGGAAGUCGGGUGUCUGAGCUUCAGGAACUGCUUGACCGGACCAAUAAGGAGUUGGCGGAGAGUCGUAAGCAAUCCGCCGCGCUCAACGCCCGCAUGGCCGAGCUGGAGGUGGAGCUUGCCAAUGCCCGUCGAGAGUUGAGUCGUAAUGAGGAGCUGUCAAUCAAGCAACAGAGGGAGCAACGAGAGAGAGAAGAUAUGGAAGAAAGGAUAACAACAUUAGAAAAGCGCUACCUGGCUGCUCAGCGGGAAACCACACACAUCCAUGACCUCAACGACAAACUGGAGAAUGAGCUGGCCACCAAGGACUCCCUGCACAGACAGAGUGAGGAAAAGGUGCGCCAGCUGCAGGAAAUGCUGGAGUUGGCAGAGCAGAGGUUGGCUCAGACCAUGAGGAAGGCUGAGACACUGCCAGAGGUGGAAGCUGAACUGGCACAGAGAGUUGCAGCCCUCUCCAAGGCUGAGGAGCGGCAUGGCAACGUUGAGGAGAGGCUUAGACAGCUGGAGUCACAACUGGAAGAGAAGAACCAAGAGCUAGGAAGGGCUCGACAGAGAGAGAAAAUGAAUGAAGAGCACAACAAGCGUUUAUCCGACACCGUAGAUCGGCUGCUAACCGAGUCCAACGAACGCCUGCAGCUUCAUCUGAAAGAGCGCAUGGCUGCCCUGGAAGACAAGAACGCCCUCAUUCAGGAUCUCGAAAACUGCCAAAAACAGCUUGAGGAGUUCCACCACACCAGGGAACGGCUGAUUGGAGAGAUUGACAAACUGAGAAAUGAGAUUGAUCAUUUGAAACGCCGCAGUGGGGCAUUUGGAGAUGGAAGUCAUCCUCGAUCUCAUUUGGGGAGCUCCAGCGACCUCCGCUUCUCUGUAGUGGAGGGUCAGGAUGGCCACUACAGCACAACUGUGAUCAGGCGCGCACAAAAAGGCAGACUUUCAGCGCUAAGAGAUGACCCAAACAAGGUGUGUGCGAUGUUUGAACAGGACUACCCAUCUCUGCGUGGGAGCGUCAGCCACCUCCUCGGCAGUGAUAUGGAGGCGGAGUCCGACAUGGACGACGAUGUCAGCUCCGCCCUGCUCUCCCCCAGCGGUCAAUCAGAUGCUCAGACACUCGCCCUCAUGCUGCAGGAGCAACUUGAUGCUAUCAAUGAGGAGAUAAGGAUGAUCCAGGUGGAAAGAGAAUCAGCAGACUUGCGAUCUGGCGACAUCGAGUCUCGUGUGAACAGUGGCAGCAUGGAUGGCCUCAACGUGACGCUACGACCUCGGGCCUUACCCACCUCCGCCACCGCCCAGUCCCUAGCAUCUUCCUCUUCCCCACCUAACAGUGGACACUCCACCCCGAAACAUCAUGGACGCAACGCCAGUCACCAUCUCGGCAUCAUGACACUGCCUAGCGACUUGAGAAAACACAGAAGGAAAGUAGCGUCUCCGGUGGAGGUGGACAAAGCUACCAUCAAGUGUGAGACAUCACCUCCAUCCUCCCCACGCAGUCUCAGGCUGGAAACCAAUUUUGCUCAGUUUACAGGCAGUCUGGAGGAUGGAAGAGGAAAACAGAAGAAGGGAAUCAAGUCGUCUAUUGGUCGACUGUUUGGGAAGAAGGAAAAGGGCCGAAUGGACCAGACUGUUGGUCGGGACGGCCAGUCUCUACCAGCUCUAGCAGACUUUGAGAUGGGCAUCGGCGACACAAUGACUCUGGGAAAAUUGGGCACGCAGGCAGAGAGGGACCGGAGACUAAAAAAAAAGCAUGAGCUUUUAGAAGAUGCAAGAAAAAAGGGUCUUCCAUUUGCUCACUGGGACGGCCCUACUGUGGUCUCAUGGCUGGAGUUGUGGGUGGGCAUGCCAGCCUGGUAUGUGGCAGCCUGUCGUGCCAACGUGAAAAGCGGGGCCAUCAUGUCAGCUCUUUCCGACACAGAGAUCCAGAGGGAGAUUGGCAUCAGCAACCCGCUGCACCGACUGAAACUCCGUUUGGCCAUCCAGGAGAUGGUGUCCCUCACCAGCCCCUCUGCACCCCUCACCUCCAGAACGUCCUCCGGAAAUGUGUGGGUGACUCAUGAAGAGAUGGAGAACCUGGCGUCCUCCACCAAAGCGGAGAAUGAGGAAGGCAGCUGGGCACAGACCCUAGCAUAUGGAGAUAUGAAUCAUGAGUGGAUUGGGAACGAAUGGCUGCCCAGCCUCGGUCUGCCUCAGUAUCGCUCCUACUUCAUGGAGUGUUUGGUGGACGCACGGAUGCUGGACCACCUGACCAAGAAGGACUUGAGGAGCCACCUUAAGAUGGUGGAUAGUUUUCACAGGGCUAGUCUGCAGUACGGGAUUAUGUGCUUGAAGAGGCUGAAUUAUGACAGAAAAGACCUGGAUCGCAGGAGAGACGACAGCCAGCAUGACAUGAAAGAUGUUUUAGUGUGGACAAAUGAGCAGGUGAUCCACUGGGUCCAGUCCAUUGGCCUGAGGGAUUACAGCAGCAACCUGUUUGAGAGCGGCGUUCAUGGCGCCCUCAUUGCUUUGGAUGAGACCUUUGACUACAGCAGCCUGGCGCUCAUCUUGCAGAUCCCUAUGCAGAACACACAGGCACGGCAGGUUUUGGAGCGAGAAUUCAACAACAUGUUAGCCCUGGGGACAGACCGUCGAUCAGAAGAGGGUGGAGAUGAAAAAUCAUUUAGACGCUCUCCAUCCUGGCGUAAGAGGUUUAGAGCUCGCGAGGGAGGGGCGAGCCUGGGGAUGAUGGCAGGCUCCAUGGAAACGCUACCCGCUGGCUUCCGCAUGCCAUCCAUGUCCAUGCCUCCUUCUAUGAAUUUGGCAGCCAAGAAGCAACUCCAACCUGAAGCUCCUCCCCCAGUGCCCACAAGACUCGACCCCUCAGCUGUGAGGACCUAUUCAUGCUAACCACACUCUGCUUGCUAACAGGAGUGUAAAUACUAACAGUGCAUUCUCAUUACCUGUACGGACAUGAGCUUGCGGCCUUUUAAGGGUGAAAUGCCAAAAUCAGAGAUGGAGACUUGGUGCCUCAGACGGAACCUUCACCUCUCUCUGUUGCUUAAAUCUCACCCUCCACCCUCUGUGUUCCACUCGUCCUUCUGAAAUGUGCAAUACAAAGACCAACACUGGCCUUUGAACUGGUAUGGGUGCUCAAUGGCUGAGCUUGCUGCUGUAAAGGAGGCUCGUCCUUGCCUCGUCCAAUUUCCCCCAGUGCUCCCAGUAGCCUUGUCAUUGUGGUGUUGUGCUCCUGCUCCUCUGGUCUCAGCUGUGGGUUCUUGUCCUGGCUCCAGUGGUCUGAAAAUGACCUUAUCCAAAAAAAAAAAAAAAGGUUCUCUGUGUUAACUUUUGAAUGGUAGUUAAAAGAUUCUGAAAGAUGGUGACCGGUCACGCGAUGUGGACUUGAGAGUGAUAAAUACUUGUAUAAAUGGCAGAUCCCACUGCACAUUACCCCUCUACCGGUUAUGCAAGGUAUUACACUUAUCAUGUAUCCACUCUGUAAAUAAAAUGGAUGAAUUAUGUUUUUUAUAAAAAUCAUAUAAAUAUUAUAUAUAUACAUAUAUAUAUAUAAAUAUAUUGGAAAUAUAUAUGGAAAAUAUUAGAAUAUUGCUGUAUGACACCCAAUGCCCUGUAUUCAAUAGUGACUGUUCUCUUUCUCUUUCUUUCUCUCUGUCGGACCUUGAAGUGUCUUUUACUGUAUGCUGUAAGUGUGGGAUAUGUUGGUGUUGGAAGGCAGGAGGCUUCACUAAAGAAAGCAAGCAUUUCUACUAGGACUCUUCCCAAAAGGUUCAUGGGUCCAAUUCUCUCUUUGCCUCCUCACUGGCUGUUUCCUACUCUUUCUUUGUUUUAUUUCCUUUUUUGACAUGAUGUAGCUUUGACUUCUCCACCUCUCCUCUCCUCUCCGCCUCCGUCGCCUUCUGUCAACACUAUGUAGCCUAGAGUAGAGAGACGAAUUUAAUGUGAAGAAUGAGUGCGUGUGUUUGAGUCAAUGAAUGAGUCUUUGCUGCAGACUGUGUGUGUGUGUGUGUGUGUGCGUGCAUGCAUGCGUGUGUGUGUGUGUGUCUGGGAAAGGCCAACCCCAGCCAUGUGACUGUGACUUUUCUCCGUGGAUGGUAGUGUUAACAUGGUAGCUCCUCCUUGUUUGUUGAUUCCAAACAUCUCUCAAGUCAAACUGUAAACUGCUGCUCGACAACAGCCAAUGAAAUCCAAACGAUCGUCUGGCAAACUCGUCUGGUCUCACAUGGGCAUCACCCAUUCAGUUGCCAUGGAAACGUGCUGCAGCGCAGUCUCUUGGCUGACUUACUCCUCAUCCGAAGAGAGCACAGUACAUGAACAGUGGUUUGAUAGACGGCUGUGCUUUUUAUAAAUCUAUUUAUUUUACAGUUUUUUUCCAAGGUGUGUAAAGGUGUAAUGUGCUAUGUGGCAGCUAUGAGUACUGUGUCUUUAUUCCAGGUGUGAAACAAUGCUGACAAAUCAAGAUUUUAUUAUUUGGCUAUCCAAAAAAAGUGUACUGUAUUUAUGAUUCAAUGUAAACAUGAGUAAAGUUGUUUUUUAAAGA